AUGAUUGCGUCCAACUUGAGUGUGAUCAGUUGCAGGAGGGCGAACAGCGCGCCGUGCCUCAGUGCAGUGGAGGAACAUUUGGAGGCGUCCUCUUCCUAUCGCACCCUCAGUCCCACCGGCCACCUGCUCGUGGCGGUGACCUUGGGCUUCAUCGGCACUUUCGGAAUCCUCAACAACCUUUUGGUUCUCGUGCUCUUCUGCCGCUACAAGGUUCUGCGAUCUCCCAUCAACUUUUUGCUAGUGAAUAUUUGCUUGAGUGAUCUCCUGGUUUGCGUGUUGGGCACGCCGUUCAGCUUCGCCGCGAGCACUCAAGGGCGAUGGCUCAUCGGCGACAGUGGAUGUGUGUGGUACGGCUUUGCCAACUCGUUGUUAGGCAUUGUGUCACUCAUCUCUCUGGCCGUGCUGUCAUAUGAACGCUAUUGUACAAUGAUGGGCUCCACCGAGGCUGAUGCCACCAACUACAGGAAGGUGGCUGGUGGGGUGGUGAUGUCCUGGGUCUACUCUUUAAUCUGGACUCUGCCCCCUCUAUUUGGUUGGAGUCGCUAUGGCCCAGAAGGCCCUGGGACCACCUGCUCUGUAGAUUGGACAACCAGGACAGCCAAUAACAUCUCUUACAUCAUUUGCCUCUUUAUUUUUUGCCUGAUUGUCCCCUUCCUGGUCAUUGUCUUCUGUUAUGGUAAGCUGCUGCAUGCCAUUAAACAGGUCAGCGGUGUGAACACGCCCAUGAGCCGCAAAAGAGAGCACCGGGUUCUUCUCAUGGUGAUCACCAUGGUGAUCUUCUAUCUGCUCUGCUGGCUGCCUUAUGGGAUCAUGGCUCUGCUGGCCACCUUUGGAACCCCAGGACUGGUAACUGUGGAGGCUAGCAUAGUGCCCUCCAUCUUAGCGAAGACUAGCACGGUCAUCAAUCCAGUGAUCUACAUCUUCAUGAAUAAACAGUUCUACAGGUGUUUCAGAGAUCUUUUCAACUGUGACAAACCCCAGCGAGGUUCCAGUCUGAAAAGUACUUCAAAGGUAACUAAACCUGUUCGGCCUGGACGGCGCACAGACAACUUUACUUUUGUGGUUGCUUCAGUGGGAGCCACAGCGGUGCCCAACCAGGCAAACCCAGCAGAGGACGGUCCUCUAUCAGCAGAUAAUGCCAGACCUGCAGUGGUCUCCCUUGUGGCCCAUUAUAAUGGUUGAGAGAUAUUCUGCUUCAAAAAAUGGUGACACUUGAAGAAACUUUUCACACAGAAUGAGGGAAAUGAAGUGUGAGAUUUGGAGGAUUUUACAGGUAUAUUGCAUAUAAGUACUAUAACAAAUGGAAAAUGAAAGAAUCCCAAGGGAGGCUGAUUUGUGGAGUUUAUUUUAGUGCUCUAUAUGUGUCUGCUAUCCAACAACAGGGUGUUAUAUUCUUGCAGUAAUAUGGAGCUAGCAGUUCUUAAUUUUCUUUGAAAUGUUCUCAGAUUCUGCAGGUGUUGACUAUUUUUGUAGACCUGUCCAAAAGGUCUGCUGAGAAAAAAAGAUUAUUCUCAGUACAGUAAACAACAACUCUCAAGUGACUCCUCAAAAAACACACUUUUUUGUAAUAACCCUGAAGAGAAAACAUUAUUUGUAUCAAAGUACAACUUGUUCAUUUUUUGAAUGGUAUUAAAACAAAAGUGUUUUUCUACAUCUAUUCUUUCUCUUUUUUUUUUUGCAUAAGGGAAGUUUGUUAUGAUUUUUUUUUUCAAUGGCUUUUAAACCUUGUAAGCACUGUUACUAUGUGGCCUGUAAAUGUAAGUUUCAGUUUCUAAGUUACAUGUUUUUUAUAAUAUCUUUAUUGUAUCAAAUCCAUACAUUAGCAUUUUAUGUUUCAGCAUACUUCACAUAGUCAAUUUGUUAUUAUUAUUAUUAUUAUUAUUAUUAUUUCCAUUUCAAAAUAUUGAUAUACUGUAGGAAUGUAAAUGGACAUUCUCUCAUAGAUUUACAUUAAAAAUCUGCAUCUGAUUUGUGUAAUACUAUUUAAUAAUUUGAUUAUGAAGCCAACAGAUUCUCCCUUUUUACCUUAUACAUUAUUAUAAUUUGUUAUUAUUUGUAUUGUUAGUGUGAGGCUGGAGAUUCAUGUGCUUGUGAGGAAUUACAGCUUUACAUUCAAUUAAAAUAAUAAAUCAGUCACGCUUUCUAAACACGUUCUAUUUAGAAACGCGCAUCUGAAUUUAAAGGUGUUCUAGAUGAGCAGAACAUAAGUUCAAGGCUCUGUAAUGUGUUGAGAGUAAGAUUUUAAAAGCUCUUCUAAGCAUUUUAAUCAGCUUACUUCAGUGUGGGCUUAUAUAAAUGAACUUAAUUAGUUGUGCAUGGCCUGUGUUUAUGUUGAUUCAGCCAUGCAGAAAUGCUGUAGUCGCAUUUGUUUGCAUUUGCAAAUUUUAUGUUUGAUUCAAUAAUUCAUUUAAUAAAUGUCAGAAUAAUGCAAAAAGAACUGCACAGUUACACUAUUAUUAUUUUUUUGCUUACAGCAGUAUCUCAGUAUAAAGGACUACAGGCAGGUAAAGAAAUGUGGAGGACCUGCAAAUCAAGUGCAAAUUCUGAAAAAAUAUCUACUGUAGCAUCAGACUGUUAAAGACUUUACAUUAAAAUUCUACCAUACUUCUGCAAUUAAUAAUAAUAAUAAUGUGAAAGAAACUGAUUAUGUAAAAAAUGUACACAAUAUUUGUUUAUAAAUUUGUAAACAUCACAGUGUCUUAUAGAGGAUAAUAACUUAACUGCUAUGACCUUUGUGUUUGCAGUGAAUCGUUAUAUGAUUUAACAUGUAUUAUUUCAUGGUAUGUGUGAAAAUCUCAAUCCAAAGUUGUUACAUUUGAGAUCUUAAACACAGUUUGAUCAAUAAAGGUCUUUUGAAAGCAGUGGCCUCAUUUCACAUGAAGUAUGAGAAUUUUUUUUAUUUG